AGCCCGCAAGCAACAAGCACCACCACCUCACGUUGCGAGCUCCAUCUCCACCCGUCCUGCCGUCCGUCCGCCCCCGGAAUAGGCAGCAGCAGCUAGCCAGGCCGGCCAUUGGCGUCUGGCGAGGCUCAUGCUGCUGGGGGAGGGGGAGGGGUAGAAUGGGUAACGUCACGUCGUCGGUGGCGGCGCGGCUCGCCUUCUUCCCGCCGGAGCCGGCGACGUACCAAGUGCAGCCCGCCCACGACGCCUCCGGCGCCGGGCUACUGCAGAUGACGGGGGUGUCGCCGGACGCCGGCGUCGAGGUGCGCGCGCUGCCCACCAGGGCCGGCACGCGCGUCGUCGCAGCCUUCUGGCGCCACCCCGCCGCGCACCUCACGCUGCUCUACUCCCACGGGAACGCCGCUGACCUCGGACAGAUGCUCGGGCUCUUCCUCGAGCUCCGGGCACACCUCCGCGUCAACAUCAUGAGCUAUGAUUAUUCAGGCUAUGGUGCCUCUACAGGAAAACCAUCAGAGUACAACACGUACUAUGACAUAGAGGCUGUUUAUGAUUGUUUAAACAAGGACUAUGGGAUAGAACAAGAGGAUUUAAUCCUGUAUGGGCAAUCAGUUGGCAGUGGACCAACAUUGCAUUUAGCCUCACGUUUGGAAAAAUUAAGAGGGGUUGUCCUUCACAGUGGUAUACUCUCCGGCAUACGGGUUCUCUAUCCAGUGAAAGUGACGCUUUGGUUUGAUAUCUUCAAGAACAUCGACAAAAUAAAGCAGGUUGACUGCCCUGUGUUGGUCAUACAUGGCACAACCGAUGACAUUGUCGACUUCUCUCAUGGCAAGCGCCUGUGGGAGCUGGCUAAGGAAAAGUACGAGCCUCUAUGGAUCAAAGGCGGCGGUCACUGCAACCUGGAAACUUAUCCUGAAUACAUCAGGCACUUGCGGAAGUUCAUAAACACGAUGGAGAAGCUCGCGAAAGAUAAAGCAGCGAAGGCACCCCAGAUGCUUCCUUCGUCGAGCAUCACCGAAGUAAAACACAACAAGUGCUUGAGAUUUGGAAAGAGAUGACCAUGUUGCUGCUCGUAUACAUGUUAACAGAAAUAACAGAGGGAGCCACCCAAGCGGCAACGGUUCCUUGUUGAGUCUGAUGCCGCCCACGCGCUCAGGAAGUGCAGCAACCUAGCUUUUGAUCCGUAUGAGUUCAAAUUAGACAGACUUGUGGCUGCGAUGUGCUGGAGAUGCCAAGAGUAGUGGUACUGUACCCGUUAGCUGAAUGAAGAGAGUCUAGUGUAUGCCACAAAUUAGCCUGUUCCUAGCUCAUUGCUUUUUUUUCCAUCUUCAUUUUUUCUACUUGUAAUGUAGUCAUUGUGCAAAAGAAUUGAUUCUAAUCGAUUGCAACAUAGUGCACAGUAAGCUGACAGAAACUGCC